UGUCCACCGAUGCCGCCGCUGCCGGUUCUGCGUUUCUCUAAAGUCGAAAUCUCAAACCAAGAGCUCAACAAUGACAAGGGCAAGGGCAAAAUUGUCCAGGAUGAUUCCAUGAUUGAGGAUGACGAGGAUGACGAGGAGGAGGAUGACGAGGAAGACGAAGACGAAGACGAAGAAAUGGCGGAGGAAGAGUCUCUGGACGACAUUGAUCCAUCCGUCAUCCGGCCUCGCCGCACCCGCGGUGUUCGCGUCGACUACACCUCUCCGGAAGCUCUCGCAAAGGCCGGCAUCAAGCCCGAGGAACUCAACGAGGACGCGGAACAAGAGGACACCUAUGACGCCAAGGACGACGAAAUGAGGGACGACUAACUCUUGCUCCUCUCGUGCACGUUGUACGUUUUGCACUUUCCCGCAUAUAGUCAUGUUCUCGGUGUCGUCUGCCGCGUGUUACUGUGUUUGUGUUGUAACCUUAAUUGCAUGUCUCGCAAUGAUAUCUUGACGCG